AUGAAAAGCCAUGGAAGUUUAGCAAAUCAUACUUCAGCUUGGGGUUUGGCAAAUUCUAUCACCAUUCAAAUGACUCUGAGAGCAGCAAUAGAGCUCAAUGUGUUUAACAUCAUUGCCAAAUCAGGUCGUGGAGCUCAUCUUACAUCAAAAGAAAUUGUUUCACAAAUACCCAACACAAAUCCAACUUUAGCAGGUGAGAAUUUAGAGCGAAUGCUCAAACUUCUAAGUGUUCACUCUCUCUUAUCCACAUCUCUAAAACCAAACCCUAUCGAUAAGACCAAGCAAGAAACAAGUUAUGGACUAACAGAGGAAGCGCUCUGCCUAGUGCCGAAUGAAGAUGGAGUUUCUUUUGUUCCGAUGGUUUUGUGGGGCUCUGAAAUGCUCGUUUUGAACAGCUACUCAAUGCUCAAGUACACGGUUCUCGAACCGGAGAGUUCUCCCUUUCUCAAAGCGCAUGGGGAGACCAUGUAUGAAUACAUGUCUGACAGACCUGAGCUGUGCCAAUUGUUCGACAAGGUAAUGGGGGUAAAUUCUUACCUAUAUUUUGAUGAUAAGGUGUUUGAGGUUUACAAAGGUUUCGAAGAGGUCAAGGAGCUGAUGGAUGUAGGAGGUGGUGAUGGAACUGUGAUUGCCAAGAUAGUGUCCCAAUAUCCUCAUAUCCGGGGAAUCAACUUCAAUUUGCCGAGUGUUAUAUCGCAAGCUCCUAACUUGCAAGGCGUGGAACAUGUAAGCGGAGAUAUGCUUGAAUCAAUACCAAAGACAGAGUCAGUCAUGUUGAUGUUGAUACUUCAUAAUUGGGAUGAUGAAAACUGUAAGAAGAUAUUGAGAAACUGCUGGGAGGCAAUACCAGAUUAUGGGAAGGUAAUAGCUGUUGAGCAUUAUGUAAUGCCUGAACUAGUUGAUGAAAAUAACCGAGACUUGAAGCGCAUACUGUACAUUGAUAUAGCCAUGAUGGCCUUGUGUCCCGGUGGUAAGGAGCGAACAACAGCUGAAUUUGAUGCUCUAGCCAAAUCCGUAGGUUUUGUGGGAACAAAAAUCUUCCCACUUCCUCAUGGGAGUUAUGUUAUCGAGUUUCUCAAGGGUGGGAGCCUGGAAGCAAUCGUUGAAUAA